GAGCAGACACAGGCACAAUAACAGGCGCGAGCAGCGGUUUCUCACACGGCUCUCCAGCAAGCAACGGAUCUCUUUAAACCAUGCUGGAUUGACCGGAGAGCAGCUACAAUCAAUGGGGCUUUGAAAUCGUUCAGAAUUUAUUGGAAAGGAGACAGAGGGAAAACGAGGGAGAGCGAGAGCGCGGGAGUGAGAGUGUGUGCGUGUGUGUGAGAGAGGGGCGACAGAUAGGUGGACAGAAAGAUUCUUUCAACGAUGGAACUUACAAUGGAAAACAUUGGAAAUCUGCACGGCGUAUCUCACUCUCAUCAGAGUGACUUGAUGAACUCUCAGCACGCGCGGCAGCCCUCGUCGCACCGUAACUUGCACGGACGGUCAGCGAUGGUGUCCAGUAUGGCCUCGAUAUUAGAAGGGGCAGGGGACUACCGCACGGACCACGCGCUGUCCGGUCCCCUGCACCCAGCCAUGACCAUGUCCUGCGACUCCGGGAUGAGCUUGAGCAGUACGUACACCACGCUCACACCGCUGCAGCACCUGCCGCCCAUAUCCACAGUCUCUGAUAAAUUUCACCACCAUCCUCAUCCUCACGCUCACCACCACCCGGCACACCAGCGGCUUGCGGCCGGUAACGUCAGCGGCAGCUUUGCUCUGAUGCGGGACGACAGGAGCCUCGCGUCCAUGGGCAACCUAUACGGCCACUAUCCCAAGGACAUGUCAGGGAUGGGUCAACCGCUGUCUCCUCUGUCCAACAGCCUAGGAUCUUUGCACAACUCCCAGCAGAGUCUUGGUGCCUACGGGCACAGCGCGCACUUGUCCAAUGACAAGAUGCUGUCCUCGGGAGGGUUCGAGUCCCACGCUGCCAUGCUGUCCCGGAGCGAGGAGCACCUGGCGCGCGGUCUCGGAGGCCACGGGGCCGGGAUUAUGUCCACUCUGAACGGCAUGCAUCACCACAGUCAUCCGCACGCUCAGGGUAACGGGUCAAUGCUCUCUGACCGGGAGCGGCAGACGGCGGGGGGCGGGCAGGGAGGUGGGUCGGGGCAGGUGGAGGAGAUCAACACCAAAGAGGUAGCACAACGGAUAACGGCCGAGCUCAAGCGCUACAGCAUCCCCCAGGCCAUCUUCGCCCAGCGAAUCCUCUGCCGGUCUCAGGGCACGCUCUCGGACCUGCUCCGGAACCCGAAACCAUGGAGUAAACUCAAGUCCGGUAGGGAGACCUUCCGGCGGAUGUGGAAGUGGCUCCAAGAGCCCGAGUUUCAGCGGAUGUCAGCGCUGAGACUAGCAGCCUGCAAGCGCAAGGAGCAGGAUCAGCACAAAGACCGCAACACGGCGCCCAAGAAGCAGCGGCUGGUCUUCACCGACCUCCAGGGACGGGGCGGUGGACACGCCUGCUGUUAG